AUGGAUUUCAAUCGAGAUGCUGGUAAUGAGACAGUCAGUCAGCUUCAACUCAAUAUUCAAAAUCUGAAUCAACAAGUAAUCCAAUUGGAGUCAUUCAUCACAAAUCUGUCAGAUAGCAGUGCUGCCGGGCAACGAGAGCGAGAGCUUUUCAAUAAGAAAGCUCACGAUGCUCAGGAAUUAUCGAAAGAUACGAAUACAUUACUGAAAAAGUUGGUUGUGAUGAGUAACUCUGAUAAAAAUCUUCGUGGUGUUCGUGAACGUCUUCAAAAUGAAUACAUUGGAGUUCUCAAUCGUCUUCAAGCAUCUCAGCGAAGAGCAGCACAAACUGAAAAAGCUGGAAUGGUGGCUGCAGAAAUGGAUGCACAAGCCGCACGAGAUGAGAAUGAAAUGUAUGGAAAUCAGGGAAGAAGUGGACAAAUGCAAAUGACGGCUCAGCAACAGGGAAAUUUGGCUGAUAUCAAAGAACGACAACAUGCAUUGCAACAAUUGGAGAGAGAUAUUGGAGAUGUGAAUGCGAUUUUUGCCGAACUCGCAAAUAUCGUUCAUGAGCAAGGUGACAUGGUGGAUUCUAUUGAGGCAAAUGUUGAGCAUGCACAGAUUUAUGUAGAACAGGGAGCUCAGAAUGUGCAGCAAGCAGUCUACUACAACCAAAAAGCUCGUCAAAAGAAGCUUCUUCUCCUCUGUUUCUUUGUUAUUCUCAUUUUCAUCAUUGGUUUGACUAUUUAUUUGGCCAAAUAG